AUGAGCAGCGUCUGGUCCCCGCCUGCUGCCGGGCAGCUCUGCUACCAGAACGUCAAUGGAUCCUGCGUGAAAACUCCCUACUCGCCAGGGGCCCGGCUGAUUCUCUACACAGUGUUCAGCGCUGGGGUUGCGCUGGCCGUGCUUGGAAACCUCCUGGUGAUCAUCUCAAUCCUUCAUUUCAAGCAGCUGCACACUCCAACCAAUUUUCUCAUCGCCUCUCUGGCCUACACUGACUUUCUGGUGGGCGUGACCGUGAUGCCCUUCAGCAUGGUCAGGUCCGUGGAGAGCUGCUGGUACUUUGGGCGAAGUUUCUGUACUUUGCACACGUGCUGUGAUGUGGCAUUCUGUUACUCUUCUCUCUUCCACUUGUGCUUCAUCUCCAUUGACAGGUACAUUGCAGUCACCGACCCUCUGGUCUAUCCUACCAAGUUCACAGUGUCAGUGUCCGGGGUGUGCAUCUGCAUCUCCUGGAUCCUGCCCCUCGGGUACAGCGGUGCCGUGUUCUACACAGAAGCCUAUGAUGAUGGGCUAGAAGAAUUAUCCAGUGCCCUUAACUGUAUAGGGGGUUGUCAGACAGUCGUAAAUCAAAAUUGGGUGUUGGUAGAUUUUUUUUCCUUCUUUAUACCUACCCUUGUUAUGGUGAUUCUGUACAGUAAUAUUUUUCUUGUGGCUAGACAACAGGCUAAAAAGAUUGAAAAUACUGGAGGCAAAACAGAAUCAUCAUCAGACAGUUAUAAAUCCAGAGUGGCCAAGAGAGAGAGAAAAGCAGCUAAAACCCUGGGAAUCACAGUGGUAACAUUUAUGAUUUCAUGGCUACCAUAUAGUAUUGACUCAUUAAUUGAUGCCUUUAUGGGCUUCAUAACCCCUGCCUAUAUUUAUGAAAUUUGCUGUUGGUGUGCUUAUUAUAACUCAGCCAUGAACCCUUUGAUUUAUGCUUUAUUUUAUCCAUGGUUUAGGAAUGCUAUAAAAGUUAUUGUGAGUGGUCGGGUUUUCAAGGACAAUUCUGCAAACAUAAAUUUGUUCUCUGAACAAAUGUAA